AUGGAUCGGGGUAUCGAAUUUGCAGAUGACAUUCCAACUUCCACAUCUUUAUCAACAACUAGAAAAUUCUCUACCAGUCCAACAAUAAAGAUAUACACAACAUCAGCGAAGCUUGAAUCUGUAAUCACACAGAAAACAAACACGAUUGCGACAAAAGGAGCAACAUCAACCACACAAACAAUAGGUAGCAGAGGCAAAGAAUUUCUUAUUUUGUUCAUGGGAAAACUUUCCACAACAUCAGGACCAAUGAGAGUAUUAAUUACAACAGAUAGUAAUUCAUCUGUAACGAUCUCCACUUCACCUAAUUUAGAUGCAGCCAUUAAAUUGCAAACAGACAGAAUAACAAAUAUUACCACGUCUUCAAAAAUUACAUUUCCUUUUAAAUUGUCAUGUGACUACUUCAAAGUUGAGUCAAAAGCUAUACUGCUGCACAUAUCUCAAUUGUCCACCAUAUCCAUGUUUGAUGGGAACGAUGGAACACUGGUUUUUCCAACAAACAAAUUGUCAACAAAAUAUAUUGCAACAAAUCCAUAUCGAUCAAAGAGUGACUAUUAUAGUCAGUUUGCUAUUGCAGCCUUGUAUGACAGAACGAAUAUAAACAUUAAAUUCAAAACAAAAACCACAGCUACAAUUGCUUUACUUGGUGGAACAUACAAAAAUCAAGACGUUUUCACACUUACUUUAGAAAAAUUGGAAACUUUUCAAAUAGGACACACUAGUGAUCUCAGUGGAACCUUAAUUGUGUCUACAAAGCCUAUCGCUGUAUUCUCUGGAAAUCGAUAUCAGUAUCUAAAAGGUAGUUACUAUGGUCACAUGAUAGCUCAGCUUCCCCCUACUAACGAAUUUGAUUAUCAGUACAUUGUGCCUCCCUUCUACAAUAAUGUGGCAACGUUGAUUCAGGUUGCAAGUAACAUUCAUAGUUCAGUUAAUGUAAGUAUCGGUACCGGCGUAUCAACGUGGAACAUGACUGACGAAUACAGAAAUUUGGAAAUAAAGUCUAAUGAAGUAACUCUUUUAGAGUCUGAAAAUCCUAUAUUGGUCACUGGUUUUGGAAUGGGUUCGAGCAUAAACAGCCCUUAUAUGACCGGUAUUCCAGGUGUCCAUCAAUAUCUCGACUUCUAUAAGGUGUUUGUACCAGACGGAUAUACAAAUAAUUAUCUUUGUGUGAUUAUACAGCAUAAGUUUAAAAACAACCUGCUGUUGAACGGCUAUUCUACAGAAAAUUAUUUAACUGUGCAGGAGAUGACACCGGGAACUACUCGAACACCGACCAAGAAUGUACCAAUACCAACAACUAAUCUAACGACGACUUUUGAUGAACUGGGCAUAACUACAACAGAAAUAGCAAAAACUACUCAGACUCUAUCAACAACUACUCAAAAGGGCACUGGAACAGGUAACAAAGGCAAGGAAUUCCUUUUCCUUUUCAUGCACAAUCUACGUUAUGAAGGAACCUUAUCAAUAUACAUCACAACAGAUAAAGAAGCAAAUGUCACCUUGGUAACUUCACCUUUCUUGAAUGAAAAUAUUAAAUCAGCAAUUGACAGCCGACAGCAUUUUAUUUCCAAUACAAUGAUACUUUUUCCUCAUGAAAUGAUGUGUAAAUAUAUGACAAUUGAAUUCAAAGCUGUAAUAUUACAAACUUCGGCAAUAUCGACAGUAACUAUGUUUCAAAGAAAUUUCGAUAAACAAUCCAGCGACGGAACACUGAUCAUUCCAACAAACAAACUCUCCACUAAAUACUUAAUUUCUUCAACAGAGCCGUUUUCUUCAUCGGCUGAUUAUAAUAGUCAAUUUGCUAUCGGGGCCCUAUACGAGAGAACACAAAUCAAUAUCACAUUCAAAAUGAAAGAAAAAAUUCCAGUUACAAUUUUCGGGAAAGUAUAUACAGACGGAGAUAUCUUUCAAAUAACAUUGGAUAGAUUUGAAACCUUUCAAGUGAACCAUAUCACAGACCUGACCGGCACAUACAUAUCAUCAACGAAGUCAAUAGCAGUGUUUUCUGGUAAUCGGUGUCAGAGGUUUAAAAUUGCCUUUUGUAGUCAUCUUUUAACCCAGGUACCACCUAUUAUCGAAUUAGACAAUGAAUACAUUGUGCCUUCAUUCUUUAAUAAUUCAGAGACUUUAAUUCAGAUAUUAAGUGAAAGUCAGGGCUCUGUGAACGUAAGUUUCGUAACCAAUACAACAAACAUACCUUUAAAUAGAAAAGAAAGUAAGAACAUUGAAGUUGCCCAGAAUAAAACUACAGUUGUUCUCUCAAUCAGCCCGGUAUUAGUCACUGGUUUCGGUAUGGGAUCUGAAAAUAACGACCCUUUUAUGACAGUUAUCCCUGGUGUUAAUCAAUAUGUCAAUUACUAUAAGUUUAUGAUACCAGAUGGAUUCGCAACAAACUUUAUUUGCGUAGUAAUUCAAAGAGAUGCAAUAGAUUAUCUUCAAAUUAACGGAAUAACAGUAAACCUUUACCAACCUGUAAACGAGAGCCUAGUUUAUUUAAACAGAUUUUACGUUGUCCGUACUUUUGGGGUCUCGAAUGGAACGUAUCUUCUUACAACAACGGACGAGUCUACUUUUGGAGUGAUUGUGUAUGGCCAUGAUCGCAUUGACGGUUACGCAUUCUCUGGAGACUUUGUCUUUCCAUAGAUCUCUUGGAAGAGCAUAUUAUAUUCAUGCUUAAUGUACAUCUUUUUUAAUUUUA